GACUCUCAGUCCAGAAGAGCUACACAGACAUCCGACACAAACAUGGAGCUUUACAGAGGCAGCAGCACCAACCAAAUGGAUUAUAACGACGAUGGCCGAGGACCCAAAUCUGGGAAAAUGCUUGCAAGCACCGACGACCGUUUAGACAGCGGUUUGGAUUCGCUUAAAGAGGAAGAAUGCACGGACGUGGUGGUGUCUGAUUUCGGGCGGAUGAGUAUGGCCGAGCGACAGGACGAGCCCUGGAGGAAAGUGCUCACCGAAGACGGAGACACGUAUCUACAUCUUGCCAUUAUUCACGAGGCCAAAGAGGCUGCAUUAAAAAUGAUUCAGUUGUCCUAUGGUGACCCCUUCCUCAACAUACAAAACAACCAGAGACAGACUGCAUUGCAUUUGGCAGUCGUCACAGAGCAGCCUCUUAUAGUGGAGCAGUUACUGAAAGCCGGCUGUGAUGCAUCUCUGGUCGACGACCGUGGAAAUACAGCCCUCCACAUCUCCUGCAGGACAGGUUCUCUGGCCUGCUUCAGCCUCCUAACGCAGGGCUGUCCACAGCAACUCCCAGCCAUCCUCCAGACACCAAACUAUAACGGUCAGAAAUGCAUACAUGUGGUCGCCGUCCAAGGCUACCUGUCGCUGUUAGAAAGCCUCAUCCAGUUUGGCGCAGACAUUAACGCACAGGAGCAGUGUAAUGGCCGGACCGCUCUCCACUUAGCAGUCGACCUCCAGAACUUUGAGCUGGUUAAACUUCUAAUCAGCAAAGGCGCUGAUGUUCACAGCUUCACGUACGGCGGUCACACGCCUUAUCACCUGACCUAUGGCCGAGCCAACACAGACAUCCAAAAUGUCCUGUGUGAGCUCACGGUGCCACACCUAAGGGAACUUCCAGAGAGUGAGUCAGAAGAUAGCGACGAGGAUUAUGAAGACCAAUGUACAUUUGAUGAUGAAGAUAUCUAUGAUGAUAUUAAAAUGGUGGGGCAAGUAUAGAAGGACUUCUGGUGGAUGGAGGUGUGAAUGGAGAACGAGAUUGAUAUUCUCACUCAAGGUGCCUAGAAAGAGUCCGCAGUAGAGCUCGCAGGGUCUCCGGUGGCUCACGGCUCAUUGGCGGCGCAAAUACAAGACUGAUGUAAAAGGAGGCCCUGGAAAUGAAGGGUGUAUUAGAACAACACUGGAGAGAGGCUGACCAAAGCAUACCGUUGGCUCUCGAUCACGGACUGUACUGUCAGCCUGAAUUAACGGCUGUGUUUAUGUUGUACUGUGAUGUAAAAUAUUGUGCAUACAAACAGAUUUAUUUUUAUAUUAACAUGUACAUGUGUGUAUAUAAAAGAUUGCAUUGUCUUUUUGUUGUUUUGUGGAAAGAUAUAACACAUUUUAAAUUAAAACCUUCAACUUGA